CUACAGCGCUUCAGCAUGGCGGACUCCGAGGAGCUGGGCUUUGAACACAUGGGCCUUGACCCUCGGCUGCUGCAGGCCGUCACCGAUCUGGGCUGGUCCCGGCCCACGCUGAUCCAGGAAAAGGCCAUCCCGCUGGCCCUGGAAGGGAAGGACCUCCUGGCUCGGGCGCGCACUGGCUCUGGGAAGACGGCUGCUUAUGCCAUUCCGAUGCUGCAGCAUCUGCUCCAGAGGAAGGAGACCGGCCCCGCGGUGGAGCAGGCUGUGCGCGGUCUGGUCCUCGUGCCGACCAAGGAUCUGGCCCGGCAGGCCCAGUCCAUGAUUCAGCAGCUGGCCACCUACUGUGCCCGGGACAUCCGCGUGGCCAAUGUCUCAGCCGCGGAAGACUCAGCCUCUCAGAGAGCUGUGCUGAUGGAGAAGCCUGACGUGGUGGUGGGGACCCCCUCUCGCAUAUUGAACCAUGUGCAGCAAGACAACUUGAAGCUGCGGGACUCCCUGGAGCUGCUGGUGAUGGAUGAGGCUGACCUUCUCUUCUCUUUUGGCUUCGAGGAGGAGGUCAAGAGUCUCCUCUGUCACUUGCCCCGGAUUUAUCAGGCUUUUCUGAUGUCAGCGACUUUUAAUGAAGACGUUCAAACGCUCAAGGAGCUGGUACUACACAACCCGGUUACUCUCAAACUGCAAGAGUCCCAGCUGCCAGGGCCAGAGCAGCUACAGCAGUUUCGGGUGACCUGCGACACUGAGGAAGACAAGUUUCUGCUGCUCUAUGCCCUGCUCAAGCUGUCGUUGAUCCGGGGCAAGUCCCUGCUCUUCGUCAACACCCUGGAGCGGAGUUACCGGCUGCGCCUCUUCCUGGAGCAGCUCAGCAUCCCCGCCUGCGUGCUCAACGGGGAGCUCCCCCUGCGCUCCAGGUGCCACAUUAUCUCGCAGUUCAACCAAGGCUUCUACGACUGCGUCAUAGCAACGGAUGCCGAGGUCCUGGGGACCCCAGCGCAAGGCAGGCGUCGGGGCAAAGGACCCAAGGGGGAGAGGGCCUCGGACCCAGAGGCAGGCGUGGCCCGCGGCAUAGACUUCCACCACGUGUCUGCCGUCCUCAACUUCGACCUGCCCCCCAACCCCGAGGCUUACGUCCAUCGAGCGGGCAGGACGGCGCGGGCCAACAACCCAGGGGUAGUCCUGACCUUCGUGCUACCGGCAGAGCAGUCCCACCUGAGCAAGAUCGAGGAGCUUCUCGGAGGAGAGACGGGGGCCCCUGCCCUGCUGCCCUACCAGUUCCACAUGGAGGAGAUCGAGGGCUUCCGCUACCGCUGCCGCGACGCUAUGCGCUCGGUGACUAAACAAGCCAUCCGAGAGGCGAGGUUGAAGGAGAUCAAGGAGGAGCUUCUGCACUCGGAGAGGCUGAAGACGUAUUUUGAAGACAACCCCAGGGACCUCCAGCUGCUGCGGCAUGACCUGCCCCUGCACCCCGCUGUGGUGAAGCCUCACCUGGGCCACGUCCCCGACUACCUGGUGCCUCCUGCUCUGCGCGGUCUGGUGAACCCUCACAAGAAGCGGAGGAAGGUGCCCUCCAAGAAGGUCAAGAAGGCAAAGGCCCAGAACCCACUGCGCAGCUUCAAGCACAGAGGAGAGAAGCGCAGGCCCCCGACGCGGCCCUCCUGAGUGCGUCCAGGCCGCCUGCGCGUCCUCCCGGCCCCGGGGCCGAGCUCCGCGGGGAGCGGGCUCCCCACGGACAGACGGGGUCCUUGCCCUGGACGAUGCCCUGGGUUCCGGGCAGGCAGACUGGCCUCCAGGCCCGUGACGCUGCCAGGCUGGCGUUUGUGCCUUAAAGACAAUAAAGAUCGUAGCUGCCUCGGUUUGGGCCUCCCCCCGGCCCGGGGUGGGAAGGGGCCGCCCCCAGAACUUGCGUCUGGGAGGCAGUGCUGGGCUUCCUGCCUGCUGAGUGCACCCUGUCGGCCAGCAGGGGUCAGCGGUGUAGCGCCGCAGCCUGGGGCCUUCCCGCCCUGGGAGAGGCCCUGUCCAGGUCUCUGUCCAGCCCG